AUGCUUCGCAAGUUUGGCGUCGAGAUCAAGCACGGCAGCAGUGUCGCCGUGCUGUUCGGACGGCAAGUUACGCGUCGAUACGUGGAAAGCGACCGUAUUGUGCUCGUCCGUCACUCGAUCGUCGAUGAGAUCCAACUGACCGGAUCACCGACUGGAGGACUCACGUUUCGUGAGUCUGGAUGGAUUGUCGUGAAGAAUGCCACAGACGUACCGGGCACUGGAGCUGCGACUCUGGUGCAAGCGUGCUCUACCAUGUCGCCAGACAUCGACCUUGAUGCGCAGUGGGAGAUCGGAGCGCUGACUAACUUUGUGCUUCAGUCACGCGAAGACGUCGAAGUAGGGAACGACGCGAUCAUCGAGAACAUGAUGAUCGAGGAGGCGGCUAAGCAGACAGUAGCAUAA